CAUUCAGCAGCAGUUCACUUCACGUUCACUGCCUGGCUUCCCUAGGUUUUCUUCUCAGUUCUCACCUCGCUUUUCGCGCCACCUCUUCAGUCUUCAUUCUUCUCACUUCAAGAAUCACGACCCAACCGUGCAAACCUUUUCAGGUGUGUAAAUGGGGUUAUCUGCCAAGAAAUCUAGAAAAAGAGGAAAAAGUGACAGUGAUUCAGAUGACUACGAUAAUAUGGAGUAUGAAGAGGUGGAGGAUGAUUAUGAUGACGAUGGUGAGGAGGAGGAUGAAGAAGAAGAACAUGGAGAGGAAGUAACAGAUGAUGAAGAUGGGACAGGAGAAAAUAGUGAAUGGAAGAAUGAUGAGAUGGAACAGCUUGAGAAAGAAUAUAGAGAUCUUCAUCACCAGGAGCUAGAUACUUUGAAGAACUUGAAGCAUCAUAAGGAUGAAGAUCUUCAUAAGGGUCAAGCUGUGAAAAGCCAGAAGGCCCUCUGGUACAAAAUUCUUGAGCUUAGAUUCUUACUUCAGAAGCCAUUCUCGAGCUCCAAUAGUUUGCCACAGGAAUCAAUCAAGUCUUUGUUCUGUGAAACAGAUGAGACAGUUAGAGUAGCAUAUUCAGAUCUGCUGACUUCGUCCAAAGAGACUUUAGAUUCUAUAUUGGAACUGCAAGAGGCUCUUUUAGCUAAGAAUCCAUCAAUUACCCAAGCCACAGUUGGUUCAGAAGGGUUAUCAAAAGAUUUAGAAGUUUCUGAGCAUUUGGAAGACAAUCUUGACCAAGAGUGGUCACAGAUUUCACAGAUGCACAAGAGUAUAGCUUCUUUCAGAGACAAGUCAAUCAACAAAUGGCAGCGGAUGACACAAGUGACUACUGGUGCUGCUGCCAUUAAGGGAAAAUUUCAUGCUUUUAAUCAGGAUAUUAGCAAUCAAGUUGCUGCUUAUAUGAGAGAUCCUAAUAGAAUGAUCAAUCAGAUGCGGCUGAGAAGAUCAGCUGUUAAUAUAUUUGGAUCUGUUCCAGAGGUUGACGAUAAACAUAAAGAAGCUGAAACACGUACUGAUGGUGAUCCUGAACUUCUGGAUGACUCUGAAUUUUAUCAGCAAUUAUUGAAAGAAUUUUUUGAGACAGUUGAUCCUUCAUCGUCUGAGAAAGCAUUUUAUGCUUUGAAGAGAAUGCAACCAAAGAAAAGAAAAAUUGUUGAUCGUCGUGCCUCAAAAAGUCGGAAGAUAAGGUAUAAUGUUCACGAAAAGAUAGUAAAUUUUAUGGCACCACUACCUGCCAAUAUUCCUCCUAUGGCUCCGAAGUUGUUUGAGAAUCUGUUUGGAUUGAAGACAGAAAGAUUAUCAUCUGCUGCAGCCUCGUAAUCAUGGUUGGCCGACAGCAAUAUUUGGCCUCACAGUUUUGCCCUUACUUUACAUAUGUUGUACACUAAUUUGUCUUCUACAUGAUGUUGAUUAUUGAGGAAUUUGAUAUUUUUUCCUCACAAGACAAUUUUGCUGUAAAUUUAUUCAGAUGACCUCAUUUCUCCUUAGGUGUUUGUUCAACGAGGAGUGAUACAGGUUCAUGUAUGAUGGUAACCGAUGCCCUAGUGCAAUGGUGCUAGUAUAAUAGAUUAUAGUUAUGGAUUUUCAACGUUUCAGUUUUGAAAUGCAUGUUUGCCAGCCUCUUCCGUGAA